CCGGCUUCCCUCCGUGGUGGGGAGACCGCUGCCAGCCCCGCUGAUGUCAUGCGGGAAGCUUGCGUCGGGUUGGAGCGCACCUGGAGCCAGCACGAGACCGGAAGCGGGGUCCCAGCGGCUGUGAGUCCGCAGCUGUGGAGCGGCCCACCCGGGGAGAGCCCCGAGACCUCCCGCCAUGUUCCACCUGAUGAAGAAAGACAAGGACAAGGACAAGGAGGGCGGGCGGAAGGAGCGGAAAGACAAGAGGGAGAAGAAGGAGCGCAUGUCGGCGGCGGAGCUGCGCAGCCUGGAGGAGAUGCGUCUGCGGCGAGGCUUCUUCAACCUGAACCGCUCGUCCAAGCGCGACUCCAAGGCCCGCCUGGAGAUCUCCCACCCCAUCCCCAUCAAGGUGGCCAGCGGGUCGGACCUGCCCCUGACCGACCUCGACUCGGACGGCGGCGCGGCCCUGGACUCGGAUCGGCUGAGCGCGGCCAGUUCCAGCGACGACCUCAAGGCCGAGGAGGGCGGCUUCCGGGGCUCCGUGCUCCAGAGGGCGGCCCGCUUCGGCUCGCUGGCUAAGCAGAACUCCCAGAUGAUCGCCAAGCGGUUCUCUUUCUCCCAGCGCAGCCGGGAUGACAGUGCCUCGGAGGCCUCCACACCCUCAGAGCACUCAGCCGCCCCCUCGCCCCAAGCGGAGGCCCGCUCGCUCGCCGCACAGCUGGCUCGCCGGGCGGGCGGCCCCCGGGCCCGGGGUCCCGAGCCGGCGGGGGGCGGACGCUUUGCGGCCGACCUGCGCUUACCUCCCGUGGCGCCCCCGUCCCCACCCGCCCCCCGGGAGCUGACGCUGCGGCGACGCCCCACGGGGGACUUCGGCUUCUCCCUGCGGCGGACCACCACGCUGGACCGGACCCCCGAGGGCCAGGCCUUCCGGCGCGUGGUGCACUUUGCCGAGCCGGGCGCGGGCACCAAGGACCUGGCGUUGGGGCUGGUGCCCGGCGACCGGCUGGUGGAGAUCAACGGGCAGAACGUGGAGAGCAGGUCGAGGGAUGAGAUCGUGGAGAUGAUCCGUCAGUCCGGAGACAGCCUGAGGCUCAAGGUGCAACCCAUCCCCGAGCUGAGCGAGCUGAGCCGCAGCUGGCUGAGAGGCAGCGAGGGUCGGCGAGGGGAGCCCGCCGAUGCCAAGACGGAGGAGCAGAUAGCCACGGAGGAGGCCUGGUACGAGACGGAGAAAGUGUGGCUGGUCCAUCGGGAUGGUUUCACUCUCGCCAGUCAGCUGAAGUCAGAGGAACUGAGCCUGCCAGAGGGGAAGAUCCGGGUGAAACUGGACCACGAUGGGACCAUACUGGACGUGGACGAGGAUGACGUGGAGAAGGCCAACGCCCCGUCCUGUGAGCGGCUGGAAGACUUGGCCUCCCUGGUGUACCUCAACGAGUCCAGCGUCCUGCAUACCCUGCGGCAGCGCUACGGUGCCAGCCUGCUGCACACCUUCGCCGGCCCCACCCUUCUCAGCCUCAGUCCCCGCGGGGCCCCUGCCAUGUACUCCGAGAAGGUGAUGCACAUGUUCAAGGGGUGCCGACGGGAGGACAUGGCCCCCCACAUCUACGCGGUGGCCCAGGCGGCCUACCGAAACAUGCUGAUGACCCGCCAGGAUCAGGCCCUCGUGCUCCUGGGCAGCAGUGGCAGCGGCAAGACUACCGGCUGCCAGCACUUGGUGCAGUAUCUGGCCACCAUCGCAGGAGCCGGUGCCAACAAGGUGUUCACCGUGGAGAAGUGGCAAGCUCUGUCCACCGUCCUGGAGGCCUUUGGGAACAGCCCUACGGGCAUGAAUGGCAAUGCCACCCGCUUCUCCCAGAUCCUCUCGCUGGAUUUUGACCAGGCUGGCCAGGUGGCCUCGGCCUCCAUUCAGACGCUGCUGCUGGAGAGGCUGCGGGUGGCCAGGCGUCCCGCUUCCGAGGCAACCUUCAACGUCUUCUACUACUUGCUGGCGUGCAGUGAUGCCACGCUCAGGACGGAGCUGCACUUCAACCACCUGGCAGAGAACAAUGUUUUUGGGAUCGUGCCGCUCUCUAAGCCUGAGGAAAAACAGAAGGCGGCUCAGCAGUUUAGUAAGCUGCAGGCGGCCAUGAGGGUGCUGGCCAUCACCCCUGAAGAGCAGAAAGCCUUCUGGCUUAUCCUGGCUGCCAUCUUCCACCUGGGGGCAGCCGGCGCUACCAAAGACGCUGUUGAAGGUGGGCGCAAGCAGUUUGCCCGUCAUGAGUGGGCACAGAAGGCUGCCUACUUGCUGGGCUGCAACCUGGAAGAGCUGUCCUCCUCCAUCUUCAAGCAACAAGUCAAGAGCUCGCUGCAACGCUCCACCUCCUUCCGCCAGGGCCCCGACGAGAGCAGCUUUGGGGAUGGCACAGGCCCCAAGCUGAGUGCCCUGGAGUGCGUGGAGGGCAUGGCCUCGGGACUCUACUCAGAACUCUUCACUCUCCUCAUCUCCCUGGUGAACAGAGCUCUCAAGUCGAGCCAGCACUCCCUGAGCUCCAUAAUGAUCGUGGACACGCCCGGCUUCCAGAACCCUGAGUUGGGCGGGCUGGCACGCGCGGCCUCCUUCGAGGAGCUCUGCCACAAUUAUGUCCAGGACCGGCUGCAGGCACUCUUCCAUGAGCGCACCUACCUGCAGGAGCUGGAGAGAUACAGGGAGGAGAACAUUGAGCUGACGUUGGACGACGUGGAGCCCGGGGCGGCUGACUCCGUCACCGCUGUGGACCAAGCCUCCCCUCAGGCCCUGGUGCGCUCUCUGGCUCGGACGGAGGAGGCCCGAGGUCUGCUGUGGCUGCUGGAGGAGGAGGCUUUGGUGCCAGGGGGCAAUGAAGAGGCCUUGCUGGAGCGACUUUUUGCCUACUAUGGGCCCCGUGAUGGAGACAAAAAAGGUCAGAGCCCGUUGCUGCGUGGGAGCCAACCACACCACUUCUUCCUGGGCCACAGCCACGGCACCAAUUGGGUGGAAUACGAUGCCACAGGCUGGCUGAGCUAUGCCAAGCAGAACCCCGCAGCCCAGAAUGCCCCGCUGCUUCUGCAGGACUCCCAGAAAAAGGUCAUCAGUAACCUGUUUGCGGGCCGGGCGGGCAGUGCCAUGGUGCUGUCCGGCUCCGUGGCGGGACUGGAGGGUGGCUCCCAGCUGGCAUUGCGCCGGGUCACCAGCAUGCGCAAGACUUUCACCACGGGCAUGGCGGCUGUCAAGAAGAAGUCCGUCUGCAUCCAGAUCAAGUUGCAGGUGGACGCCCUGGUGGACACCAUCAAGAAGUCAAAGCUGCACUUUGUGCACUGCUUCCUGCCUGUGGCAGAGGGCUGGGCCGGCGAGCCCCGGGCCUCCGCCUCCCGCCGGGUCAGCAGCAGCAGCGAGUUGGACCUGCCCCCCGGGGAGCAGUGUGAGGCCAGUCUGCUCCAGCUGGACGUGCCCCUGCUCCGCGCCCAGAUCCGCGGCUCUCGCCUGCUCGAUGCUCUCCGAGUGUACCGCCAAGGUUACCCAGAUCAUAUGGUGUUCUCGGAGUUCCGCCGCCGCUUCGAAGCACUGGCCCCCCACCUCACCAAGAAGCACGGGCGCAACUACAUUGUGCUGGAUGAGAAGAGGGCCGUGGAAGAGCUGCUGGAGUCUCUGGACCUGGAGAAGAGCAGCUGCCAGAUGGGCCUCAGUCGGGUGUUUUUCCGGGCUGGCACCCUGGCCCGGCUGGAGGAGCAUCGGGAUGAGCAGACCAGCAAGAACCUGACACUGUUCCAGGCGGCCUGCAGGGGUUUCUUGGCCCGCCAGCACUUCAAGAAGAGAAAGAUCCAGGCCCUGGCCAUCCGCUGCGUGCAGAAGAACAUCAAGAAGAAUAAAGGGGUGAAGGAUUGGCCGUGGUGGAAACUGUUCACCACCGUGCGGCCCCUCAUUGCGGUGCAGCUCUCCGAAGAACAGCUCCGGGGCAAGGACGAAGAAAUCCAGCAGCUAAGAAGCAAGCUCGAGAAAGUGGAGAAGGAACGCAAUGAGCUGCGCCUCAGCAGCGACCGGCUGGAGAGCAAGAUCUCCGAGCUGACGUCGGAGCUGACGGACGAGCGCAACACUGGGGAAUCCGCCUCCCAGCUUCUGGACGCCGAGACAGCCGAGAGGCUUCGGGCUGAGAAAGAGAUGAAGGAUCUGCAGAUCCAGUAUGAUGCCCUCAAGAAGCAGAUGGAAGCCAUGGAGGUGGAGGUAAUGGAGGCCCGGCUCAUCCGGGCCACUGAGCUCAACGGAGAGAUGGACGAUGAUGAUUCCGGCGGAGAGUGGCGCCUCAAGUAUGAGAGGGCAGUGCGAGAAGUGGACUUCACCAAGAAACGUCUGCAACAGGAGUUUGAGGACAAACUGGAAGAGGAGCAACAAAGCAAAAGGCAAUUGGAGAGGAAGCUGGGUGACCUGCAGGCCGACGGGGAUGAGACCCAGAGGGCUUUGCAGCAAGUGAAGAAGAAGUGCCAGAGACUGACCGCGGAGCUACAGGACACCAAGCUUCACCUGGAGGGCCAGCAGGGCCGCAACCACGAGCUGGAGAAGAAGCAGAGGAGGUUCGACAGCGAGCUCUCCCAGGCGCAGGAGGAGGCCCAGCGUGAGAAGCUCCAGCGCGAGAAGCUGCUACGAGAGAAGGACGUGCUCAUGGCCGAGGCCUUCAGCCUCAGGCAGCAGCUGGAGGAGAAGGACCUGGACGUCGCCGGCUUCACCCAGAAGGUGGUGGCCCUGGAAGCGGAGCUCCAGGACAUCUCCUCCCAGGAGUCCAAGGACGAAGCCUCCCUGGCCAAAGUCAGGAAGCAGCUGCGGGAUCUGGAGGCCAAAGUCAAAGAUCAGGAGGAGGAGCUGGACGAGCAGGCGGGGACCAUCCAGAUGCUCGAGCAGGGCAAGCUACGCCUGGAAAUGGAGAUGGAGCGGAUGCGGCAGACACACUCCAAGGAAGUAGAGAGCCGGGACGAGGAGGUGGAAGAGGUCCGACAGUCUUGUCAGAAGAAGUUGAAACAGAUGGAGGCACAGCUGGAGGAGGAGUACGAAGACAAGCAGAAGGUGCUGCGGGAGAAAAGGGAGCUGGAGGGCAAGCUGUCGGCCGUUAGUGACCAGGUGAGCCAGCGGGACUUUGAGACGGAGAAGCGUCUGCGGAAGGACCUGAAGCGGACCAAGGCCCUGCUGACCGACGCCCAGGUCAUGCUGGAUCACCUGAAGAACAAUGCACCCAGCAAGAGGGAGAUCGCCCAGCUCAAGAACCAGUUGGAGGAAUCGGAGUUCACCUGUGCGGCGGCCGUCAAAUCCCGGAAGGCGAUGGAGGUGGAGAUGGAGGACCUGCACCUGCAGAUGGAUGACAUCUCCAAGACCAAGACAGCGCUGGAGGAGCAGUUGAGCCGCCUGCAGCGGGAGAAGAAUGAGGUACAGAGCCGACUGGAGGAGGAUCAAGAAGACAUGAAUGAACUGAUGAAGAAGCACAAGGCGGCCGUGGCCCAGGCCUCCAGAGACCUGGCCCAAAUGAGUGAUCUCCAAGCACAGCUAGAAGAGGCCAACAAGGAGAAGCAAGAACUUCAGGAAAAGUUGCAAGGGCUUCAGAGCCAGAUGGAAUUCAUAGAGCAGACCAUGGUGGACAAGUCUCUGGUCAGCAGGCAGGAGGCCAAGAUCCGGGAGCUGGAGACGAGGCUGGAGUUUGAGAGGACCCAAGUGAAGCGGCUGGAGAACCUGGCCAGCAGGCUGAAGGAGAACAUGGAGAAGCUGACAGAGGAGCGGGACCAGCGCAGCGCGGCCGAGAACCGAGAGAAGGAGCAGAACAAGCGGCUGCAGCGCCAGCUCCGUGACGCCAAGGAGGAGAUGGGCGAGCUGGCCAAGAAGGAGGCGGAGGCCGGACGCAAGAAGCAUGAGCUGGAGGUGGACCUGGAGAGCCUGGAGGCGGCGAACCAGAGCUUGCAGGCGGACCUGAAGCUGGCCUUCAAGCGCAUCGGAGACUUGCAGGCCGCCAUCGAGGAUGAGAUGGAGAGUGACGACAAUGAGGACCUCAUCAACAGUUUGCAGGACAUGGUGACAAAGUAUCAGAAAAGAAAGAAUAAACCUGAGGGCGACUCAGACGUGGAUUCGGAGUUGGAGGACCGGGUCGACGGGGUGAAAUCGUGGCUGUCGAAGAACAAGGGCCCCUCCAAGACAGCUUCGGACGACGGCAGCUUGAAGAGCUCCAGCCCCCCAAGCUACCGGAAAUCCGUCUCCCUCGACCGGUCGGAUGAUGAGCCUGACCCCUCCGACAGCACUUCCCGAUCCCGAUACCCCCGCCGCAGCUACCUGAGCGACAGCGACACAGAGGCAAAGCUGAAAGAGUCCAGUGCAUAGUCCCUGGAGAAGCCAGCUCCCUGCCCCUCUACCUCCCCACCUAAGACUGGGGGCAGGGGUCCCUAGAGUAGCCCCCCGCUGCUGGCAGUGUGCAUGGACGUCCCCGGGCCUGGUCCUCUCCAGGCGGAACUGUCUGGGUCCGGGCAGCCACCGGCCGUCAAGAUAAAACUUGACCCCCUCCCCGGGCCCUCCAUGCCCCACCCCGGCGAUUGGAGCGGUGGCAAGCUGCGGGAUCCUCUUUCCCGGGGGCCACGGUGGGGCUACUGAGGUCCUGCCCCUCCCCAGGCUCCCGUGCACCCCAGAAGAGGGUCUCUCCUUCAGUACCUGCUGUCCUUUUGUUUUCUAAUUUAAGAACAAAACCGGUCCCCCCUUGCGAAGCCCCCCCAUCCCUGUGGUGGCAUUGCACCUGGAAGCUGUAGGGUAGGAAGAGGGAGGUGAGUGUUGGAGUUAUGUAUCAUCCUCUGUCUUCAGCUGAGCCAAAGCCAACUGGUUCUCAUCCAGCUGAAGACAGGGGUCUGGAGCUGGGAGCGGGGUGGGGGUGAUGAGGGGGCUAAGCUGGGGGCAGAGCACAGGCCCCAUGGGGGCCCCUGUUAGGGGAGACUGAACAUACAGCCACACGGCAGGGGAUGGUCAGAGACAAAAGCCUUCUAUGAACACACCGUGACACUAGGACCAUUCAGGGGGAGAGUGAACAGUCAUACCCUCAUCAACAGGAAACACACACACACCCUUCACCAACAGGACACACACACACACCUGGACUAAUUGGUGCCCCCGUCAACCCUCCACUCCUUGGAUACAUCAUAUAAGCCCCCCUCUCCAGUAAGGGCUCCCCUUCCCCUUUGCUUGGAGAUUUAAAAUUCCCAGAAGCAUGGGGAAGUGGGGGGGGGGGGGGGCCUUGUCCCCCUCCAGGUAUUCCCAUUCUGGGUUCGAAGUCCGCCCCACCCCAGCCCUUCCCUCUCCAAAGAGCCAUAGCAAACGUUGCAGUCUCCAGAGAUUCACCUUCGUUAACUCCUCAGGGUCAGGGUGUCAGGAGGGCAGUGCCCAGGGACCGUCCCCCACUUCAGUCCUUGCCUGCUGACUCCCCCUCCCUCCCCUUCUCUUGUCUCCUGUGGUUUUGCAAUGGGCCUGGGCACCUCUUUCCUGUUUCCUUCCAUGUGGAAAUAAACGACCUUUCCCCGCCUAAGACUUUGUUGAGACCUAAAAAGGCUUGUAUACCUACCCUUUCAAGUUCCUCCCUGCCCCCACCAAUCCAGACUGCCCAUCUCUCCAGAUGCAAUCUGCUCCCGGCUCUUGCCCCCAGCCUCAGCAGCUCGAGCAUUUGAUGGCAGUUUUCUCCUUAAUGGUCCCCCAGCGAGGCUGUGCAGAUGACUGUCUUUAAUCUCCCCUGAUAAAUGGAUCACA